UUUUAGUCCCAGCCUUAAUCAUGGCGGAAUCAGCUGGAGAAGCGAUCGAAGUGCCAACAAAAAGAAUCAAAUUCGAAGAUGCCGAGAAGCUGUUCUUCCAAAAUUUUCUGUAUAGACGUGAAAAUCAAAGGACUUUAUUGUCUUUACGAAAUAACGCUACUGAGGUGGCACGAGGACUGUCUGAUAUGACCGUAACGUUUUUGAAUGUGAAGACUGAAAAUGCUUGCGGCUCGACUAGUUUUACCAACGCUACUUGUGAAGUGGCCAGUAUACUGGAACCUGCAGAUGGUGGCAAUAAAGAGACAAUUGUGUUGCCUUUAGGGGCACUUUUUAAAGAUGGAAUGCAAACUAUUUUGCAGUUUUUGAAUAAGAACAAUCCAUCCAUACCACAAGAUGUAGCGAAAAGACGAGCUUUAAAAGAUUUGCUUACAUUUCUUCAUAUUUCUUCUGGUGAUCUUUGGUUGUGUGAAAUACCAGAAUCAGGAAAGCGGUUGACAGCCAGAUUAGCACAGCACUUGAUAGCCCCUCUGGCACCAGAAAAAAAUAUUUUGUUUAACUCAACGUAUAUAAACGACAUUGAAAACUGCUGUGAUAGCGUACAUCCUAUAUAUGGUGAAGCUGGAGAUACAUCCUUUGGUUGUGUUGAUGGCUGGCAUGGUGAGGUAGAUAUCCUAACUGCAGAUAGAUCAGUAGCAGUCUCAGUCUUAGAUGAGAAAGAUGAUGAAAUACCUACAACAGUUUCUGAUUCUUCACUUGACAACUCCUUAUUUAUGGACAGGCUACGGCAACAGAUGUUAUCAGAAACAAUUGUGUUUUCAUUUUUACUGUUUAAUGAGACUGGUGGCUCCUUGAAGAAUUAUUUAGUGCCUACAGUAGGAAUCAGUACUGAGAAGUUGAAGAUUUUUUUCUAUGACUGUGUUGAAGAUAUUCUUCUUGAAGCAUGUCCUACAAACCUAUUUUAUACAGCUCCAUCUGAUCGGCAAAUACAUACAAGAGCAGUCCUUAUGCUGUGGUUGACUCUGAAUUAUGAGAUUUUUUGUACUGGAGUACCAGAUGUUUUAAAAAGAAAUAAGUCUGACUUUUUUCGAAAAAUUGGUCAUGAAGUUCACGAAAGGUAUCGAAACAAUGUUUCAAGAAAUUUUCAUGGGAAGCCUAAAGGAAGCAUGAAUGAUGUCUACACUGGUGGGCAAAAUGCAAAUCAUGGAAUUCUGAAUGAGGCAGAACUGGAAAAACCAACAAACAAAAGCAUCACUUUGUUCUAGUUAAAGUUGUUGUAGUUUUUUUUUGUCAAAUUAUUCAUUAGGUCCGACAUGAAUAUCAUGGUUACAUUAAGAAGAAAAUUUGUUAUAGAAAAAGUCCAAAGUAUUUGGAACAAAAAUUUCAGUUAAGAGAUUGGCAAAAAGUUGAUGGAUGUCAUCAAAUUUGCAGUGUUUAUUUAACUUUUAUACAUGUAGUAUGUUUGCAUUAAAAAGAUUUGUGAAAUUAGUUAUUUUUCCAAAGAUAACGUUUGUUUCUAUUCCCAGAGGCUUUGCUUUUGAGACAUGUUUGACUUACAGGAUUAUGUCCUGAACAUCCACAUUUGCUAAAUGUAAUGCUUUUUGACUUGAUUUCAUUGUUACAUGAAUUACAUGAACUAUGAUGCAUAACAGGAAUUACAUGAUAAUUAGUGCUUAA